UCCAGAAAGGGCUGGUGCCGAACCCAGUGAAGCGACACUCGCUCUGUCUCCUCGAACCCCGAGAGCAAGUUUGGCGCUCAUUAAGACAGACCUGAAAUGGUCGCUGGGGGCAGCGACACCUGAGCCGGGGGAAGACGGAGACAUUGCGCGACACACAGGUGACCCUUGAGGACAAGCAGAAGCCAGACUCCAGUCAAGAAUGACCCUCACCAAGUGUCUCCAUGUCCUCAGCAUCUUCACAUCUCUGAGUCAGUGUGUAGUCUGUAGCUCAACCAGGAUGCGAGCCCAUGCGGAGGAGCGCCUCCUCAAGACCCUGUUCAGUCACUACAACAAACUGUCCCGGCCCGUGGCUAACAUCUCAGACGUGGUGCUGGUACGAUUUGGUCUGUCCAUCGCCCAGCUCAUUGAUGUGGAUGAGAAGAAUCAAAUGAUGACCACAAAUGUCUGGGUAAAACAAGAGUGGAACGACUACAAACUUCGAUGGGACCCUGAGGACUAUGAGAAUGUCACUUCUAUCCGGAUCCCGUCGGAGCUCAUCUGGAGGCCAGACAUUGUCCUUUAUAACAAUGCUGAUGGAGACUUUGCCGUGACUCACCUGACCAAGGCCCACCUGUUUCACGAUGGCAUGAUCAAAUGGAUGCCACCAGCCAUCUAUAAGAGCUCUUGCAGUAUAGAUGUCACUUUCUUUCCUUUUGACCAGCAGAACUGCACUAUGAAGUUUGGCUCCUGGACCUAUGACAGGGCCAAGAUUGACCUGGUGAGCAUGGCCAAUAACGUGGAUCAAAUGGACUACUGGGAGAGUGGCGAGUGGGUCAUUGUGAAUGCAGUGGGGACCUACAACAUUAAGAAGUAUGAGUGCUGUACUGAGAUCUACCCAGACAUCACCUAUUCAUUUAUCAUCAGGAGACUGCCGCUCUUCUACACCAUCAACCUGAUCAUACCCUGCUUGCUGAUCUCCUGCCUCACUGUACUGGUCUUCUACUUACCCUCUGACUGUGGAGAGAAGAUUACCCUGUGCAUCUCGGUCCUCCUCUCCCUCACUGUCUUCCUUCUUCUCAUCACAGAGAUCAUCCCCUCAACCUCAUUGGUUAUCCCACUCAUAGGAGAGUACCUGCUUUUCACCAUGAUUUUUGUCACCCUUUCCAUUAUCAUCACUGUCUUUGUGCUCAACGUGCACCACCGCUCACCUCGCACGCACUGCAUGCCGUACUGGGUCAGGAGGGUCUUCUUGGACCUGGUGCCACGUAUCCUGUUCAUGAAGCGACCUUCCACAGUAAAGGAGAACUGCAAGAAGCUCAUUGAGAUGAUACACAGGAGAGGAAGCUCCCCUGUGUUCUGGCCCAGGAUGGAGGCCGAGAGAGCUUCCCUUGACACACCAAGCAACAGCCCAAAUGUCCUGGCGACCUCUACGUCCACAUCUCUGGGUCUCCCUUUGGAUGGCUACUCAUUACCUAAGGGCCAGCUGCUGUGCACAUCACCCUCCAGCCAGUACUCCAUCCUGCUGGAGGAUCCUGCAUCUGUACCUGUUCACUGCCUGGCAUUAGAGGAGCCGUGUGCUCCCCCAAAAAUGCGCUCACUCAGUGUUCAGUAUCCAUGUAGCGAGCAGGAGCUCCUCCAGACCUCCACUCGGUGCCGCUCCCGGAGCAUCCAGUACUGCUGCCUGCGCGAGGACUCUUCACCCUCCAACGCCCAGAGUGGCCACACUGGCUUCGAGCAAGAGACAUUCUGCAGGUAUCCCGCCCCACCUGAUCUCAGUGCUUCAUCCACCAGGUCUGGAAGAGGGGCCAGUGUCAAGGAGCAGCCCCUCCUAGUGAUAUCGUCGUCCAUGAAGCAAGCCUUUGAGGGUGUCCAAUACAUUGCAGACCACCUGAGAGCUGAGGAUGCAGACUUUUCUGUGAAAGAAGACUGGAAAUACGUGGCAAUGGUCAUAGACAGGAUAUUUCUGUGGAUGUUUAUUAUGGUAUGCAUCCUGGGAACACUGGGAUUCUUCCUUCCUCCUUGGCUGGCCGGAAUGAUUUAAAGGACACAAUCAAGUGUACCUCAAAUUAGUCAUGUACAGAUUAAUCGCUGUUUAUUGCUAAAAACACAUUAGCUCAACACUGAUGUAUUUUAAAACAUUUCUGACAUUUGUACAUAUUACUUACUGAUCAGCUUAAUUGUGAUGUAAGUUACAUUACAUAUUGUACCCCCUCCGAGCAGAGGAAGAGCACAGAAAAUCCCUCUGAGUGUUUCAUUUUCUUUCACAGCAGAUCUAAAAUAUAAUAAGGCAUAAAUAAGGUAUGUAUUGUACUAAGAGCA